CAGAGCAGACCGAAUUGCAUUUCUUAAGGUACAUUGAGCAGAAAUUACAAUUCAUAGUAUCUGCAGAUAAAAAUGUGAUUCUUCAAAUAGAUGAGAUGCACGUCAAACCCUACUUUGAUUACAAAGGGGGAAAUAUAUCAGGUUUCAGUUACAAUUCAGAAAAUGCCGCCACAAGUGUUGUGACUUUCAUGAUAAAUAGUAUUUCAUCGUCAUAUAAAGAUGUUGUUCACAUUCUUCCUGUAAAUAAAAUAGCAGCAGACGUUUUACAUGCAUUCAUUAAAAAAAUUAUUAUUGGGUUAGAAAACAUUGGUUUUAAAGUGAUAUGUGUAGUAACAGACAACAAUUCAGUCAAUCAAAAAGCAAUGUCUCAGUUCGCUUCUCCUUCACAGUCAUAUUCAAUUCUUUAUCCUCAUCCGGUAAAUAAAGAACGACCUCUUUUUUUCAUGAUCGAUACUGUCCAUUUAUUGAAGAAUAUUCGCAAUAACUGGAUCAAUCAAAAGAAUGUUGAUAAAUGUAUGUUUUACCCUAAUUUUAAAGAAACAACCUCAGAAAAAAAUUCACAACAAGAUUCAUCCUUCAAAACAUUAAAAUUAUUGUAUGAAACUGAAAAGAAUAACAUCGUAAAAUAUGCAUACAAUUUAUCUUUAAAAGCAUUGGAACCCAAUAAUUUAGAAAAACAAAAUGUCAAAUUAGUACUCAAAAUUUUCAAUAAAUUUAUACCUGAAAGUCUCAUGAAUUUGGGAGAGAAAUAUGAGUUUCCACACUACAAAGAAACAGCAGAAUAUAUAAGAAUAAUAAAUAGGUGGUGGGAUAUUGUUAAUGUAAAAACUCCAUUCACAGGAAUCCGUGAAAAUAAUGUAUAUAAAAAACCACUGACAUCAUCUGAAACCGACAAAAGAUACAAGUUUUUAGAUGUAUUUUUGAACUGGUUGGAAGACUGGAAAAAUAUGAAAUGUGAUACCGGCAUGCUAACAAAAGAAACUUAUUCUGCUCUUUUCAUGACUACAUAUGCUUUAAAAGAAAUAACUAAAUAUUGUCAGGAAGAAUUCGAAAUGAAGUACAUUCUCCCAGGAAAAUUUCAGACCGACAAUUUAGAGGCACGCUUUGGUUUAUAUAGACAAAUGGCAGGAGCACAAUAUCAUGUUUCACUCAGACAGGUAUUUGAAAGUGAAAACAAACUAAGAAUGCAUUGUAUUUUAAAAAUUUGUUUAAAAUCAAACAAACAUGGAAAUCUCGAACUUUUUCGGGAAGCAGUUGGCGAAAAUUGGGAAGAAUUUGAAAAAUCUAUUUCUGAAAAAUUACCUGUAUUUAACAUUUUGCUUACAGAAGAAGAUUUUAAAAAAUCAGAAGAUGUUUUACCAGUGUUAGUUUAUUUAGGAGGUUACUGUGUCCACACAGUCCUUAAAAAGUUGAAAUGCAGCAUUUGCAAAAAGUUUUUAACAAAUGAAAAAGAACUGGACUGCUCAACUUCUUUAAUUCAGAAUUUAAGUCGAGGAAAACUUUUAUACCCCAAAAAAUGCAUUGUAAAUUAUUUAGCAGCAGAGAUAAUUUUCAAUAGUUUAGUGAAUGAGGAACAAAUACAUGAUUAUGGUGAAUGCAUUUCAGGACAUAAACCAGAAAAUGUCUAUAGAAUGAUAAUUUGGUCUGCAGUCAAUUCAUUACUGAAUAAUUAUUUUCCAACAGGAGAAGGAAGCUCCACAAAAACUGCAUAA